AUGAAUCCUAGGAAUGAACAGUCGAAUGGCGGAGAAGAACGGCCUGCUGCGCUGGGAGAUCUCCCGUUCCCAAGCAAGGGCCGCUCCCCUCUUUCGCAGGCUUCCGGGUUGGUGGGAUCGGACGAUCGCUUUCUAGAUGUACAAAAGGACUCGUCGCAGCAAAUGCAUUCGAUUGAUGAACAUGGUGGCGCUGAUCCGGGAAACACUCUGACGACCGCGAGCACAUCAUCAAUACUCAAAUCCGAACCAACAAGCAAUGGUGCAGGCAGUUCAUCCAGCUUGAGGGUCUCCGGGCAUAAAAGGACUGCGACUGGCGAGAUUAAGCCUCGCUCGGAGGUUGCAGGAAUGCAUGAGUCGGACGCGAACGGGGUUUCUGGAAUAUCAAAGGGAAACAGAAUCAUCGAGCUAUCUAUGCAACUCCGCGCGCGUCUGAAAUACGCGGCUGCCCAAGUUGAGAAGAACCGACGGUCCUCUCGCGAUCUAGACAGCGAACUUCCCAAACGAUGGCCGCAGAGCGCUUCUCCUACCCUGUUGGCAGCUGCAAUGGAAGGCCCCUCUCAGAUACGAUUGCUGGACAAUCUUUCGCCGGAGGGCUCAAUAGCCUCGGCGCCGGAUUGCCCUGGGUUUCCCUCGCCCGGUCGGUCGUAUAUAGCUCCUCUGGAGCCACAUCGAUACGCUCGACCCCAAAUAUCUCCCAAGAAAGCCUUCCAAGGACCAAAACUUGCCCCUCCUCUUGAUCUCACCAUCACCAGUAACCAGGCGGGCCGACGACGGCGACCGAACCCAAAUCAGAAUGGACAGCCAUUGAAUUACGAUCCUUACCCUCGUCACAAGCGUCACCAUUCGGAACAGGAGUUUGGUCUGCCCCGAUCGGCCACCAGCACCCCAAAAGUCCUGGUUCCAGGGACUCCUCCACUACGGUCAACUCCUCAGACUAUGAGCAGUUUUGCUCAGCAUAACAAUUCGCAUGCGUUCGCCAAGCCGCGCACGCAUUCACAGAAUGCUCUUAUGGAACAGGACGCAAUCGAAACGCUGCUAUUCAUGUCCAGCCCGGAGAACUCGGGGUAUCAUCCCAGCCCGCAGCACAAACCCAUCGUACGGCCCAUGAGCACCGACACGUCGCUCAGCACCCGAGCCAGUCCGCCGCGGCGUCAUGCAAAUGGAUACCCCAACUCGCAGAGCACCGCGCCGUCGUCUCAACAGAGCUACGCCCAUGCUCCACCACCGCCAGCAGCAGCAGCAGCAGCACCACCACCACCACCCUCCGCGUUCUCCAAAAGGGCGAUCGGGCUCGAGGCGCAUGCUGGGGAUGAAAUCGACCGCAUGCUCGACCAAAUGGACAGCGAGAGCGAGAGCGAAAGUGCCGUGUUUCCCUCUCACCAGUUGGAUACUGGACGGGACCGCGCGGGAAUUCGCGGGUCCGUAAGAUACGCAUCGAGAUAG